AUGGCCGACGCAACAAGAUCCAAGCAGAUGCAGCAGCAGAUUGACGCCUUGGAGGAGAACCAUUUAGCCAACCAAACACGCUUCAACACCAUUGACGAGAGACUAGACCAGCUCACGGAAAUGCUUCGAACCUUGGUGGCUCACCAGGGAAAUAUAGCACGGGACCUGCAAAAUCAACAAGAGAAUGAACAAGUGCAACAAAGGGGCACAGCUGUACGAGGUAUUCGUUUGGAUUUUCCUCACUUUAUGGGAGAAAACCCAUCUGCUUGGAUCUUUAAGGCAUCACAGUAUUUUGAAUAUCAUCAAACAAACCCAGCCCAAAAGCUACUAUUGGCCUCAUACCACAUGGAGGGAGAAGCCUUAGUAUGGUAUCAAGAGGCCUUAGAUACAGCCCAGUUUGUGAGCUGGGAAACCUUGGUGCGAGCUAUGUUAAUUCGCUUUGGACCAACUGCUUAUGACGACCCUAUGGAAACCUUGACAAGGUUGAAGCAAAUCACCACAGUAGCAGCCUAUAAGGCUAGUUUUGAAGCAAUCUCGAAUAGAGUGAGGGGCUUACCCGACCACCAUAAGCUGAGUUGCUUUCUCAGCGGGCUUAAGGAUGAAAUAAGAUUACCUCUUCGCAUGUUUAAUCCAUACAACUUAACAGCAGCAUUUGGCUUAGCACGAAUUCAAGAAGAAUACCUUAAUAGUGCUAAGAAACCAAUUAAGUUUGUGGGGGAGAAGGGGCAGUUCGGUCCCACUAACAACUAUGGUUCUUAUGGGAGUAGUGGUGCUGCCGGGGGUCACAACCAGAAAUACGGUCCUCCUAUCAAAAAAGUUUUUUCUACGGAAUGGGAUGAGAAGCGUAAGAAAGGUCUGUGCUAUCAUUGCGAUGAAAAGUGGAAUCCCAACCAUCAUUGCAAAAAAGCCAAAGUGUACCUCCUACAAGGAGUGGAGAAUUCAGAGGAGAGGGAGGUAAUUGAAGAGGAAAUUCCGGUUGCUGAUUUACUUGUUGAAGGGGACUUAAAACAAAAAGGGGUUGUGGUAGAACCUGAGAUAUCCUUAAAUGCAAUUACGGGAACUCCUAGCUCUAAGACGAUGCGACUCAUGGGGUGGAUGGGAAGGACACAAGUGGUCCUUUUGGUUGACUCUGGGUCAACACAUAGCUUCGUGGAUCCCUCUAUUGCUCAAACAGCCAAGCUGGUGGUUGAUAAGGCAAAGCGACUUGCUGUCAAAGUGGCUAAUGGACAGCUAGUUCAAGGCUUAGGCUACUGCAGCAACGCAAAGGUCAAGGUACAAGGUAUAUCAUUUUACCCCUCCUUUUAUGUUUUACCUCUUGGAGGUUGUGAUGUCGUUCUUGGGGUAGAUUGGUUGGAGACACUUGGAACCAUUGCUUGGAAUUUUCAUGAGUUGUCCAUGAAAUUUCUGUAUCUUGGAAAAAAUGUUGAGUUGUUGGGACUGAAAUUGGAAGGUUUAACCCUUACUAAGGGAGAAAAGUCAAUGCUUACAUCCAUGCAAAGGGGGAAGGGUUUAUUCUUGCAGCUGGUUAGUGAAACCAAUGAGUUGGGAAUCUCGGGUGGAGCAGAUAAGGUGCAGAAUCUGAUUUCACAGUUUACACGGGUGUUUGAUAUUCCGAAGGGACUUCCACCCUCAAGGCCCCAAGACCAUAGAAUACCCCUUAAAGAAGGAACCCAACCUAUUACCGCUAGACCUUACCGUUACCCACACUACCAAAAGUCAGAAAUUGAGAAGAUAGUGGCUGAGUUACUUGAAUCAGGUGUAAUAAGACCCAGCUCAAGUCCCUUUUCGUCCCCCGUACUUUUGGUCCACAAGGCGGAUGGGAGUUGGCGUAUGUGCGUCGAUUAUCGAGCACUUAACCAAGAAACCAUAAAGGAUAAGUUUCCUAUUCCUGUUAUUGAUGAACUCUUGGAUGAGUUACACGGGUCGGUGGUCUUUUCGAAGCUAGAUUUGAGGUCCGGUUAUCACCAAAUCAGAGUGGUCGAUGAGGAUGUGGCAAAAACAGCAUUUAGAACUCACGAAGGGCACUAUGAGUUUCUAGUGAUGCCAUUUGGCUUGACUAAUGCCCAAUCAACUUUUCAAGGGCUGAUGAACGAGAUGUUUCGACCAUAUUUGCGAAAAUUUGUUUUAGUAUUUUUUGACGACAUCCUAGUGUACAGUAGCUGCUGGACAGAUCAUUUAAUGCACUUGCGCAUGGUGCUGGAGGUACUACAAAGAAACCAAUUAUUCGCUAAAUUGUCCAAGUGUCAAUUUGGGAUCAAUGAAGUAGAGUAUUUGGGACACAUAGUAAGUGAAAAGGGGGUGAUGGCUGACCCACGGAAGGUGGCUGCUAUGCUUGACUGGCCCGUACCAGCAAAUGUCAAAUCCUUAAGAGGAUUUUUGGGGUUGACGGGAUAUUAUCGUAAAUUUAUAAAGGGGUAUGGAACAAUUGCUGCACCAUUAACGGAUUUACUUAAAAAGCAUGCCUUUGUGUGGAAUGAGGUUGCUUUACAAGCUUUUAAGGAGCUGAAAUUGGCUGUGACACAACCCCCAGUCCUUAGAUUGUCGGAUUUUACCCAACCAUUCACGAUUGAGUGUGAUGCAAGUGGAAGGGGAAUGGGGGCAGUCUUGAUGCAGGUGGGAUAG